CAAUCGUUAGUCGGUGAUAUAUCGCGGUUCGUGCAUGGUAAACAUGUGACGUAGAUUUACGGUGAAAAUUCGUGAUUGUAGGUGCCGUCGGAAUUUGAUUAAAGAUAUCAAUUGACUUGAUAAUUAAAUUUUCUUAUAAUUUUUUUUGCCACAUAUACCAUUAAAAAAAAAAUUGUAAAUGAUAUUGUGGAAAUAGUUGGUGUGAAAUUUGGAACAAUCUCGAAUAAAUAAACGUUGAUUUUUUUAAAAUAAAAUUUUCAAAUAUUUUUUGUAUUUUCCAAGUGAGAAAUUCCAUAUACAAUACCCUUGAGAGUCAAUCGAUCAACAAAAUUUGUUGUGAUAUGGAAUAUUUGUCCUGAGCACCGUCAACCGGUUCAUGAGACUUUCCUUCAAAUAGGUGUUACUGUAAAAAAUUGGACUGGAUGGAAAGUGAGUUGAGAUGGGCUUGAAAUGAUUCGUGGGCAUAAAUUGGUGAAAAGUCAAGUGGAGAUCAAUGUAUUGGAGGAUGGAAAGCUCGAAGUGAUACUUGUUAAUGACACAAGACGAUUUUCGUUAGGAGUGAAUAAAGGGAAAUGAGAGACGGAUCCUCGAGAGUGGCAUAAGGGGCCCCAAGAUGAGUUGGCGACUGUCGCUCGUCUGGACUCUGAUCUCUUUCGCUCAUCUAACCUCGUGCUCCUCCGGGAAUCUAUACAGGAAUGCUAGGCUUAGCCCCAGAAUUGUUCAGACGCGCCAUGGACGACUUCAGGGACUCAUAUUGCCGUUGGAAUCAUUUAAAUAUCUCAAGCCUGUGGAGAUCUUCCUAGGAGUUCCCUAUGCAACGCCCCCGACCAAACUUAAUAGAUUCAGUCCUACACGAACAACUUCACCGUGGGAUGGGAUCCGGAUAUCAGACAAAUAUAGUGCCGUUUGUCCUCAAAGGCUGCCAAAAAUAACUAAUGAGACUCUUGCACUUGAAAAGAUGCCAAGAGGCCGAUUAGAGUAUUUGAAGCGUCUGCUGCCGUUCUUGCAGAACCAAUCCGAAGAUUGUCUCUACUUAAAUGUUUUCUCUCCAAUGCAUGCUGCAACAGCAGACAAAAAGCUUCCUGUUGUUGUUUUUAUACAUGGAGAGUCAUUCGAGUGGAAUAGUGGAAAUCCCUAUGAUGGUUCAGUCCUGGCCAGCUAUGGAGACUUAGUAGUAGUCACACUAAAUUAUCGAUUAGGUAUUUUAGGUUUUCUCAAUGCCAAUCCGAGCCCACAUAUCCGAGCUCGAGUGGCAAAUUAUGGCCUUAUGGAUCAAAUGGCAGCAUUGCAUUGGGUACAGCAAAAUAUUGCCAAAUUUGGUGGAGAUCCAGGAGCAGUGACAUUAGCGGGUCAUGGAAGUGGAGCUGCAUGCAUAAAUUUCCUUAUGACCUCACCUACAAUGGUUCCAGGUCUUUUUCAUCGCGCCAUCCUCCUGUCGGGGUCAGCAUACGCUUCUUGGGCUAUCGUCGAAGACCCAGUUGUGUAUGCACUGAAAUUAGCUAAGGAGCUCAAUUGCAGCAUCCCUCAGGAUAUGAUUAAGAGUCAUGAACAAAUAGUCGAUUGCCUCCGUGAUAUCCCACUUGAAGAGCUAUUGGCUGUCGAUAUUGAGGCACCAAGUUUCCUUUCCGCCUUCGGCCCAUCUGUGGAUGGGGUUGUGAUAAGAAGGGGAUUAUCGAAUCAAGAUCCAGAUCUACCGGCAGCUAUGAAACGUUCUCAAGAUGUCCGAUAUGAUCUGCUUUUUGGUGUGGUAACUGGGGAAGCUCUCUGGCGUUUUAGCAAUGCUGACAUCCUCAAUGGAUUUGAAGGGGAGCGUCGUGAUAAAAUCAUCAGAACGUACGUUCGGAAUGCUUACACCUUCCAUCUCAGUGAAAUUUUCUACACGGUGGUUAAUGAGUAUACAGACUGGGAAAGAACAUCACAACAUCCCAUUAAUACGAGAGAUGCUGCAGUAGCAGCCUUGUCGGAUGCUCAAUUCGUGGCUCCUCUUGUUCACACUGGUGAUACCCUAGCUCCCCCACCUGCCCUCCCUGGUCAAGAGAAGUCUGGUCCAAAGUGCUUCUUCUACGUGUUCGACUACCAGACCAAGGAGGGCGAUUAUCCUCAGCGCAUGGGUACGGUUCAUGGGGAAGAUCUACCAUAUGUUUUUGGGGCACCAUUAGUAGAUAGCUUUAGUCACUUUCCACAAAAUUAUACCAAAGCUGAAGUGGCCCUGUCUGAGUCCAUCAUUCUCUUCUGGAGCAACUUUGCACGAACAGGGAAUCCAAAUGAAUAUCACAGACAAGACACGCUAUUAGCUGCAUCAAAAGAGAGAAAUCGUUUUAGGGGCAUAACGUGGGAUGAAUAUGAUCCUGUCCAUCAAAAGUACCUCGAAGCUGGAAUGAAGCCAAGAAUGAAAAACCACUUUCGAGCCCAUCAACUGUCAAUUUGGCUGAGACUGAUCCCCGAACUCCAUCGAGCUGGAAUGGAAGAUGUUAUUGCCAGACAUAACUUAUUCAGGAACCACGACAACAUGGAUCUCUAUGAUGGUCUGGUGAAACCAGAUUCCCUGUCCCGUCUGUCAUUCCUUGAGGAGACACUCAAGCGACGUGGAAAUUCCUCUGAAAUUGCGUCAUUAGGUAUCACUACCGUGGAGCCUUCAUCGCUGACAACAUGUAUGCCUGUUGGGAAUUUUACCACUUUCACCACAUCCUCACUCAACAGUUCUGCCAGUGAUACCCUGAACAGUGGCGAUUCUUCGGGAUAUGCUGCAUACUCUACGGCUCUCAGUGUCACUAUAGCCAUUGGCUGUAGUCUUCUCAUUCUCAAUGUGCUUAUAUUCGCUGGUGUGUACUAUCAGCGUGACAAGACACGUCUAGAGGUCAAAAGUCUUCAGAAGCAGUAUCAGCAGCGUGAGAUGCAUCAGCAGUCUUUUGAUCCGAUUAAGCACGCCCACUAUCAUUUGGGACACUCUCAGUCCUCCAAUGUGAUUGUCGAUGUUGAAAAUCACGAUUCUGGUACCAUUCUGCUAUCGAACGACAUCAAGUCUCCUCACAUUUGUACCAACAGUAUCCAAAUAAAUACGACAGGCGGAUGCAUUCAGACCAAAAUUCCUCUGAAUGACUCCAAUACGGGCACGUACAAGAGUCGAAGUGAACAAGUGUCGCUCCCCAUGAAGAAUGCCCAGAUAUUCACCCGAGGCGGCACCGGUGCCACAUUUGCCGGCAUGAUGACACUACCCAAGUCCACAGGAAUGCAGACACAGCAGAUCACGUAUCGCACAGAAUGCAUGACUUUGCCCAGAAAUACAAACACAACGAGCAGAAAUAGUGGCACCAUGACAGAGGCUCAUCCAAAUAAAACCCGAUUCCACGUUUAUUCGGCGCUAAAAAUCAACUUGAAGCUGUUUCUACGAAUGUGAGAAGCUACAACCUUGGAAAUGAUGACCCAGUUUCUGAAAUUUGGCCUAAGUAUAAUGCACUAUAGUGUGCUUCAAGAAGAGGAAUCUGGAGAAGUCCUGGAAUGUUUUUCUUUUCUUUCUAGACGACAAUUAAAAUUCCAUUGUCGUGGCAGAAAGCAAGAUUUUGUGGUGCACUUGUAAGUACGUGCAAAGAAUUGGGAAUUUCAAACUAAAAUAUGGUGCAAUGAGAAAAGGUGCCAAAGCAUCUACUAUCUUCAAAACCAUUAGGAUUCUUAAGUCAUUUAAACUCUCGAGUGUAAAUACCAUACUCUUAGUGUUUAGUCGUAAUAAAACAUCACCCUGAGAUGAUGAUAAUUGCUGAUGAUAUUAAUUGGCAGAAAUACAAAAAUGACACAUCAGCUGCAUUUUGCACAUUUUGCUGUGAAUUCCAGGAAUGGGUCUAUGAAAAACUAGGGCAAUUGUAUGAAAAUUGCAUUUGAUUCAAUCCCAAUGUGAGGUAAAGGACAUUUCUAAAUAAAAUCUAUAUAUUCAUGAAUGACAAAUGCGCGUAGUGAGACAACCUAUGCAUAGCAAAUGGUGAAGAAUCAGAAAAUACCUUGUUGUGUUGUUUGAUAUGCAAGAAAGGAAUCAAAUUGUAUAAAGAAACAGUAAAGAAAGAAAUAAAAAUUGAAAAAUAAAUGGAGUAAGAAUUA